AUGACCUACGUUGAUCAAGAGCAAUUGGAAUUCGAGCAAGAAGUCGAGAAAGUCAAGCAAUGGUGGGCUUCUCCUCGUUUCAAGUUGGUCAAGCGUCCUUACACUGCAGAGUCAAUUGUGUCCAAACGUGGUUAUUUCCCUGUUGAGUACAGAUCAAAUACUCAAGCCAAAAAGCUGUGGAAGACCCUUCAACAAAAUAAGGCUAAGGGUGAAACCUCUCACACGUUUGGUGCUCUUGAUCCCGUUCAAGUCACUCAAAUGGCUCCUCAUCUCGAUACUGUCUAUGUCUCUGGAUGGCAAUGCUCUUCCACUGCUUCCAGCUCCAAUGAGCCUGGACCUGAUCUUGCUGAUUAUCCUAUGGAUACCGUCCCCAACAAGGUUGAGCAUCUCUUCUUUGCCCAACUCUUCCACGACCGCAAGCAACGUGAAGCUCGUCUUGCCAUGACUCCUGAGGAGAGAGCCAAAACUCCCAAAAUUGAUUACUUGAGACCCAUCAUUGCAGAUGGCGACACUGGCCACGGUGGUAUCACUGCUGUGAUGAAGCUCACAAAGAUGUUUGUUGAGCGUGGUGCUGCUGGUAUUCAUGUUGAGGAUCAAGCGCCUGGUACCAAGAAAUGUGGCCAUAUGGCUGGUAAGGUAUUGGUCCCCAUUGCUGAGCAUAUCAAUCGUUUGGUUGCUAUUCGUGCUCAAUACGAUAUUAUGGGCGUUGAGAAUGUCGUUGUCGCUCGUACUGAUGCUGAAGCCGCCACUUUAAUCACUAGUAACGUCGACCCCCGUGAUCAUGAGUUCAUAGUUGGUUCCACCAACCCAAGCUUGAAGCCAUUGGCCUCUGUGAUGCAUGAAGCUGAAGGUAGAGGUAUUCAAGGUGCUGAACUCCAAGCCAUAGAAGAUGAUUGGGUUUCUAAGGCUGGUUUCAAGCGUUAUGGUACUGCUGUUGCUGAGGAAUUGAUUACCUUGGGUAAAGGUGAAUUAGCCUCCAAGUUCAUCUCUGAAAUCCGCUUCAAGUCAAACGAUGAAGCUCGUGCUAUUGCAAAGAGCAGCUAUGGUGUUGUUAUUCACUGGGAUUGGGACGCUUGUCGAGUUCGUGAAGGUUACUACCGCUAUGAAGGUGGCACUGAAGCGGCUACUUCUCGCUCCAUUGCUUUUGCUGGUUAUGCCGAUAUGCUUUGGAUGGAAACCAAGAAGCCAAUCUUGUCUCAAGCCGAGCAAUUCUCAAAGGGUGUCUUGGCCGCUUCCCCUGAGUCAUUGUUAUGUUAUAACUUGUCUCCUUCCUUCAACUGGGAUGCUGCAGGUUUGACUGAUCAAGAUAUGGAAUCUUACAUUCAGAAUCUUGGCAGACUAGGCUUUGUUUGGCAAUUCAUUACUUUGGGUGGUCUCCAUGCGAAUGCCCUUGCAACUGCUACAUUUGCCAAGAGCUUCAAAGAGAGCGGUAUGUACGGAUACGUAUCCAAUGUGCAACGUAAAGAAAGGGAGCACGGCGUCGACGUUUUACAACAUCAAAAAUGGUCUGGUGCCACCUAUGUCGAUGAACUAAUGAAGAUUGUCACCGGUGGUAUGUCUGCUACAGCCGCCAUGGGUAAAGGUGUUACUGAGGAUCAGUUCAAGCAUUAA